AUGCUGAAGAUUAAAUUGGAAUAUGUAAAAAAAAACUUUGCGCUUAGGUCCAUCCUUGAUACAAAACCCGACGCUGAAGUUGUUACGGCGGUGACUCCUAUGUUAAGCGGCGAUGUGGUUGUGAAAAGGAUCCACGAGCGGAAUGAUGCAGCUCGCAGUCAAGAACACGAAGUUCCCUUAACAAGUGACCAUGGAGAUGAAGAGUAUGCUGAACGGGAUGAAGAAGAAGACCAAGUUGUGUCCGUGCAGCCUGUACAACCCAAGGAAGCAUCUGCAGAAGUCGGAAACACUACGAUAAUUCCUUAUCUGGGUAUCGAUUGGUCGGAUCGAGAAACGAUUAUACUAAUCUACAGCUUACUUUUUGGUUUUGCUAUAUUCUUCUUAAUGUGCUUAUUGAUUUGCUAUGUUUGGUGCAGAAAAAGGAGACAAUCGCAUGAUUUUAAGACAAAUUAUUAAAA